UUGUAGACCAGUUUUGCAAAUUUGUAGUAUCAUUUCCCUAAACAACUCAAGACUGAACUGCGCUUCAGUUCCUCAGUUCUACAUUUUUGCAGCUGCAAGAAACACAACCUUUGACUUUUUUUUUUAAAGCAUUGCUGAAAAAGUUGAGAUAGCUUUUGAUUUUACCAUGCAUAACUAUAAAGUAACAUUUACAAGUGAACUAGACAAGGAUAUAAUAAAUUAGACCUCUCCUCUUUUUAGAGAGAGAAGAUGGAAACAACGUUGGUUUUCUUUUCUCAAUUAAGUAUGUGUGAAUCAAAAGAAAAAACUUUUUUCAAGUUAGUGCAUGGUUUAGGAAAAGAAGAAACAAGCAAAGAAGCCAAAAUCAGAGCUAAGGAAAAAAGAAAUAGGCUAAGUCUCCUUCUUCAGAGACAUGAGUUUCAUGAAGGUACUCACUCCAGUACAUCUGGAGACUGGGCCAAACAUACAAGAGUCUCCCCUGAAGAGGCAGUGAAAUGGGGUGAAUCAUUUGACAAACUGCUUUCCCACAAAGGAGCUACUGUGCGGUGUGUGGCUACUACUGCGGAUGACUCAGGAACUGCUCGUGAUAGAUCCAGUUGCAUGUUGGAUGGACUGGAGGCUUUUACCAGGUUUCUUAAAACUGAAUUCAGUGAGGAAAACAUUGAAUUUUGGAUAGCCUGUGAAGAAUUCAAGAAAAGCAAGGAACCUCAACAAAUUACCCUUAAAGCAAAAGCCAUAUAUGAGAAAUUUAUACAGAAUGAUGCUCCACAAGAGGUUAAUCUUGAUUUCCACACUAAAGAAAUCACUGCAAAGAGCAUCACCCAACCCACCCUUCAAAGUUUUGAUGUUGCUCAAAGCAGAGUAUAUCAGCUUAUGGAACAAGAUAGUUACACACGUUUUCUGAAAUCUGACAUGUAUUUAGACUUGACAGAAGGAAGACCCCAGAGACCAACAAAUCUUCGAAGACGAUCACGCUCAUUUACCUACAAUGAAUUUCAAGAUGUAAAGUCAGAUGUUGCCAUUUGGUUAUAAAAACAAAAAAACUUAAUUUCACUCAUUUUGAUUGCAAACUCUUAAAUCGGCCUCUAAAAUAUAGAAUGUUUAUGUUAAUGAAUGUGUACAUCCUUUCAAAUAAAAUUCAUUACGUAAAAGUACUUUAAAAAUGUAAACCAUAAAUAUUUAUACUAACAGUACAUACAGUACCUGCUGAUAUAUUCUGCAAAACUUUUCAUUUGAACUCACUCAAAUCGGAAUCAGAAAAACUCAUGACAUUGACUAAAAGGCGGUAAAGAAAUAAUGUUUUAUAAGUUAAAUAAAGGUUAAGCUUUUGCAAAAUUUUCAAGUUUGACCAAAUAUCUAGCUUGAAUUUUUUUCUAUAAGUAAACAAAAUAAUCGUUAGAUAUAUAUAUUUUUUAGACAGCAUUUGCCACAAGGAUGAAGACUCUCAGUCAUAACCCAGCACCACCCAGUGCCACCAUAGAGAAUGUAAAUAUGCUCCAGUUCUUACAAUGGGAGAAUAUGAACAUUUGUUCCUUCGUUACUACUCUGGCUCAAGAAUAAAAAUCUAUUACCACUAGUUUUUUUUUUUUUUUUUUUUUUAUAAGUCACCAACAGGAACUUUGGGAGAAGUCACAUUCAUUUCCAGCUAACUCCCAGUUAAACAUGACCCAGGCUGAUGAAUGAGAAUGGCACCUACAUUUGGGCUUAUUGCUAAGUGAGCAUAGACUUACACAGUUGUAUGUAGCAUGCUUUUGCUGGUCUCAAAGACAUGACCAGAUUAUACAUAGCUCCAGGUUGAGACUGAAUGGGGCAUCUUCUCGCCUGCACUUGCUACUAAAAUAGGGGGCCAGUCAGUGGUUUGAGUGAUGACCAAGGAAGUUUACCCCAGAAGUCACCUGGCUUCAGUUUGGAUUUUUAGAGUUGGGGUAGAAGUUAGAAAUGAGAUGAUACAAAGAAGCGAGAAGACCGCGGCCCUGAAGACUCAGGUAUAUGCCACAUGGCUCAUAUUCAAAAAGUGUUCCUCUAUUGGUAUGUCCUUCCAAGUCUUGGUGAGUCUUUUAAUAUCAUGUUAUUCAAAUAAUAAUUGUAUUAGUACAUAUAUAAAUGUAUCUGUUUUAGGUAAAUAUUUAAUUACAGGUAUGUGUUGCAUGGUCUAUAAAUGUCUGUAUUUAAAGAUGGUAUACAUUUGACUUUGGCAAAUGCCAUUUUAUUUGAACUGUAAAAUAUAAAAACUUUAGAUCAACCAUAGCAAUAAACAUCUGAAUUUCUUCAUUUAUAUAGUUAAUGUUCUUUUUACUACUAAAUUAUUUUACUGAUUAUUAAUUAUCUUUCCUGAUAUCAAAUUAAACAUGGACAUAUUUUCUUGUUUCAGAAUGAUAUUGUGAUGUUGUUGUUGGGUGCUGUCAAGUCCAUUCCAACUUAUAACUACCCUAUAGGAUAUAGUAGAACUGCCCCAAAGGGUUUGCUAGGCUGUAGUCUUUAAAGAGUAGGAGAUCUGGUGGCUCUGUGGUUAAAGCACUGGACUGCUAACCCAAAAGUCUGCGGUUGCAACUCGUUUGUUCUUCUGUGGGAGAAGGAUGUGGCAGCCUGCUUCCAUAAAGAUUACAGCCUUGGAAAUCCUGCGCAUUCUACUCUGUCCUAUAGAGUCGCUACGAGUCAGAAUUGACUCAACUUCAACAGGUUUAGGUUUUGUUGGGGGGGUAAUCUUUACAGGACCAAAUCUCUAGAUUUUUUUCUCCCACUGAGCUGCUGGUGGGUUGGAACUGAUGACCUUUCAGUUAGCACCCAGUGUUAAUCAUUGCACCCCCAGGGCUCCUUGAUAUUGGCACAGAAAGCAUUGAGACAUUGCAUCAUCGACUUUAAUGCUAAAUCAAUUUUCCAAUUCUGUUGUGAAUGAGAAACAAAAUAUUGUGCAUGUCAAAGAUCAACUAAGAAAGUGAUUUUUAAUUUUUGUUUGGCUAAUUAAUAGCUCCUUUUCCUGUAGUAGUCUCUCCAGAAAUAUCAUGGACUCAUCAGAAAAAGCAUGAGUUGAUUUUAAAAAUAUUGCUCUAGAACUACAAAUAUGUUAUUUAGCUUCACCACUCGUGAUAUAGUUCACAAGUACCCGAUCUCUUGUUUAUAUUAUAAAAUAUCCAAUGAGAGCUUUCAAAAAGUUACUAGCGGAUUUUGAUGAUAUUAAUGCCUGACUUCAAGGAUCUUGUAAUCUGUGGGAUGAUAAGGUAGAAAAAUACAGAAAACAAAUUUAAAAAAUAAACAAAUGACUUAAACCAAAACCCAAACCCCUUACUAUCUAGCGGAUCCCAACUCAUAGCAACCCUAUGGGACAGAGUAGAAGUACCCCAUAGGGUUUCCAAGGCUGUAAUCUUUUCACCAGUGGGCUGAUAACAUCUUUCUCCCAUGGAGCAGCUGGUUGGUUGGAACCACCGACCUUGCGAUUAGCAACAAAGUGCUUCACCACUGUACCACCUGGGCUCCAUAAGUCACAUAAGUAAAAGUGCACAGACAACACUGAAUGCAAAAGGAAUGGCAUUGGUGGUUUGAGAAGUCAAUGCCUGGCUUCAUAACUGGAUAUCUGAUCCUUAGAAAUUCAUAUACAUGUUAAGGAGCCCUAUAUUCCAUAUUUCUAAAAAUAAGGGCUCAGGAUUUAUAAUUUCUAAUGCUCCACAAUCAAUAGCCGUGGAAGCAGCAGUCAAGAAAUCAAAAGAUGCAUUACAUUGGGUAAAUCUGCUGCAAAGGACCCCUUUAAAGUGUUGAAGAGCAAAGAUGUCACCUUGAAGGCUAAGGUGCGCCUGACCCAAGCCAUGGUAUUUUCAAUAGCAUCAUAUGCAUGUGAAAGCUGGACAAUGAAUAAGGAAGAUGAAGAAGAAUUGAUGCCUUUGAAUUGUGGUAUUGGCGAAGAAUAUUAAAUAUACCAUGGACUGCCAAAAGAAUGAACAAAUCUGUCUUAGAAGAAGUACAACAAGAAUGCUCCUUAGAAGCAAGGACAGAGGGACUGUGUCUCACAUACUUAGGACAUGUUGUCCAGUCCCUGGAGGAGGACAUCAUGCUUGGCAGAGUACAGGGUCAGUGGAAAAGAGGAAGACCCUCAAUGAGAUGGAUUGACAUAGUGGCUGCAAUAAUGAGUUCAAGCAUAACAAGGAUUGUAAGGAUGGCUCAGGAUCGGGCAGUGUUUCGUUCUGUUGUGCGUAGGGUCGCUAUGAGUCGGAACCGACUUGACGGUACCUAACAACAACAACGCUUUUUAUGGUCUCUGCUCUCCAUGUUUCUAAGUAGAUUGCCUGAUAUUCUUCAAAGCAGUUCUUAAUUAAUGCUGAAGGAAGGAAAAGAGCCAAAUAAGUAUGGCUAAAAAUUAAUAUGGGAUAUUGACCUAAGAACAGGAAAUAAUUUUACAGAAAACUUAGAAAUACAUGAAAGGGAAGAAGUCAGAGGAAACAAAGUUUGUUUAUUUUCUUUCUGACUAGUCAAAUGUAUGGUAACAUUAUAUCUUUAAAGUAUUGGACAAUAAAUACAGUUGUUUGUUUUAGGUAAUUUGGAAUGUCUUGAAGCAUAUUUCAGCAAAAAUUAAAGGCUUUAAAAUGUGUCAUACUGUAUUUGAAUCCUGGCUCUGCUGCUUUCCAGGUAUAGUAUCUCAGAAAAGUUACCUAAAUAUUCCGAAGUUUAACUUUUCAUUUACAUUAAUGGCAUAAAAAUUCGCUGUGUUCUUAUGAUGAUAUAAAAGGAUACAUUAUAGAAAAAUGAAAAUUAUAAUAAUCUGAACUACAAUCUCUAAUAUCACAUCGUAGUUUUUUAAAAAGUACCAUAUAGUAGAUGUAGCAAAGAGAGACCUGGCACUCAGCUCCUGGCUCUUCUUGCUCGGUGGUAAUGAGGUCCCUCUCCUCUCUGGUCACGUUUGUCUUUUAUAUCUCAAAAGAGAUUAACUCAAGAUAUGACCUAAUCCUGUAGAUUGUGUCCUGCUGCAUUAUCAUAACUGCUUCCAAUCCUGUCUCAUUAACAUCAUAGAGGUUAGGAUUUACAACACGUAGGAUUUUUUUUUUUUUUUUUAAUUGCAUCAGAUCACAAAAUGAAGGACAAUCACACAAUACUGGGGAUCAUGGCCUAGCAAAGUUGACACACGUUUCUGAGGGACCCAGUUCAAUCCAUAACAGUACCUAAUUAAAGACUUCCAGAUUUUUGGAAGCACUUAGUUGUUUAAUGAUAUGUGUCAAAAUAAAAUUGCAUGUUAACUUUUAUUUUUUUUUUAAUUGACUUUUAGAAAUCCUUCGUUGUAAAAUCCUAAAUUUAAAUAGCUCUGUUUUUGCUUUUAUACUGAAGAUAUACGUUACAUAGUAAGUUCCUGGGUUAUGAAUGUCCACCUUACAGAAAACUUGUAAUUGCCCUUUAAUGUUAGGUAAAUUUGCCCUCACUUUGAAAUGACUGAACCGACUCAUAACAAACCCUUCAUCACAAUCACCUUCACUUGCUGCGUGUGCAGUGUGAAAAAGCUUCAAGCCUUUUCCUUCACUGAAGUAAGAUUAAAUAAGAACCAUAUGCACCUGGUCCCACUUAGCUACAAAUUCAGCUUAAAGAUGUGUUCAGGAAUGGAUCCCAUGCAUAACCUGGGGCCUACCUGUAUAUUAAAUGAGUUAAUACCUUAAAUUUCUUUUUUAAAUAGAAGCUACCUUAAUUUUUUAGAUUUUUGGCUAAAUAAUUGUUUUAUGAUUUAAUUGUAGCUGCUGAUUUAUGCUUUUGUUUUAUAAAAAGCCUCAUUGCUUCCUUGUAAUAUUUUAUUACGCUGCAUAUACCCAUACAUAAAAGAAGUACCUAGUACCAUAUUUUUAUGUAAAUAAUGUGCACCUUCUACAUUUGUUUGACAAGGGUGCUCUCCCCUUCCAGGUAUUUUUGUAAGUGCACUAUGCCAUUUUUUUUUUUUCUUUUACACCAACAUGUAAAAAAAACUGGCAUAGCGGCAUUUAUGGAAAUACCUUCUAGAAGGAGGGCCUUGUUCACAAACAAACAUAGAAGAUAUACAUUAUUUGUGUAAAAUGAUAUUUGCUUGCUUUCAAGAUUCUAAUACAUCUAUAAAAUAAAUUCUGCUUGACUAAUACCAGUCAAAAUUAAUAUUAUAAAAAAUGUGAAUGUAUACUGAAGUUUGAAAUUGCAGGUCUUCAUCAAAGAGUCUAAUUUUUCCCUUUCAUGUUAUAUGGCUGAGUCUUUGGCAAAGAUAUAAAAUGGAUUAUUUGCUCAACUCUUUUCAAAGGGUAAGUGAUGAUCCAAGCCAAACUUGACAUUAGUGAGAGAAAAAAAAAGUUUAAGUAUCAAAUAUAAAACCACAAUAGUACAUUUGCAAAUGAAUAUAUUCUUAAAAAAAAAACCCCAAAACUCUAAUUAUGCUACAUAAAACAAGGGUGCAUAAGAAAUCACUGACAAACAAUAAACCAGACAGAAGGAAAUUUAGACUUCGACAGAAAUACCAAGGGAGAAUCUUCUGGGAGAAGCAGAGAAUUAAUUCCUAUGUAACUUCCUCAAACAGAAAAGAAUUUUGUAUAUGUCUUAAUACAUUGUAUGUAACUGGCAUCUUAGCCUUUACUUAACCAUUAUUGAACCUGGUUUUAUGUUUUGUUUUAUGCCCUUCAAGUCAACAAACUUGACAGUUUUACUACUUAGUAUAUUAUGAUUCUUUCUUCUACUUCUUUGAAAACUGAAAUCCUGAAAAGAAUCAAUGGGACCUUUCUUUUAUUUUGCAAUCAGUUAACUAGCCUCUGUUCAUACUAAUGUGAUUUUAUAGACUUGGUUAUUUUAUCUCUGUUUUCAUCUUUCUAAACUAAAUAAUAAUUUAUUGAGAUUCUUCUAAAAUCUAUAACCUCUCUCUUUAGAGGUUUGUUCUCUUUAAGUCUGGCCUACAAAAGAAAUAAAAACAAUUUCUGAGUACAAGUAUAAACAACAAUACUUCUGUUUUUGAUUCCGUACAUAAUGUAACUUUCAAAAACACUUUAAUAUGAAAAUUGAAUCAGGAUGUUUAGAUAAAGGAAGUAAAGCCCAUGUAAUGUGAUUUCAGACUUUUGAAAAUAAGAUACAAUGUGAAUUUAAAAUAAACGGUGUAUGGGAAGCCCAAAUUUUCCCUCAUUCUUCUUUAGUGUACAAGACAGCAGUGCGACUGGGCACCAUAAGAUUGCAUUGGUGAAUUUUAGAAAGAAGUUGAGAUUUUAUGAAUAGAAAAUACACAAACUCACAACUUUAUUUCUCUCAUACAUCAUCAAAGCUUUUUUUGAAGUACACGGAUAAAGUAGAUAAUAGUUUAUUUCUCAUAGCAUGCAAAAAAGCACAUUUUUUUUGUUUCUGGAUGUUUAAUGUAUUUUUGUUGCUUGUAAUAUGUGACUAUAUUAUUGGAAAUAAAAAUGGAAGAUUUUCAGAUAUUUACAGAAUUUAAAUGUCUUUGUCUCAGGAUGUGUUCUUCAAUUUCAAGCACCCUGAGGAAAAUGUCAAAUAUGCCAGUACAUGAUAUGAAAAACACCCUCAUUUACUGAAAAUUUUGAGAGCUUUUCUGCUAUAUUCCAAUAUUUUAAAUAUUGGUAUUUCAUUUCAAUUCUAAGCAAUAUAAAAUAUUUUAGAUUUUUGUUUUCUUAUAUUAGAGGAUCCAUGACUUGGAAUGCUAAAGCCUUCUUUUGAACUUUAACAAUAUAGACCAAGAAAUAUAUUUUGAAAGAGAUUUUCCUAAGCAGAUUUAUUCUACAAUUUAAUUUCUUUCAAUGGUAUAAAAGUCAGUGUAAAGGUAUAUAAAAGUUAAUUUGCAUGAAGCAUGCACAUGGAAUGUGAAAAUAAUAUAUGAAAUAUUCAUAAUUCAAGCUUUAAAAACCAACCUCAGGGCUAAAAAAGCAAUUAUUAUAGGAAAUGGCUCAACAAUUACAACAAACUUUCUCUUUGAUGAUGCCAGCUAAUAUAUACUCUCCAUUCUGAAGUAGAUGAAGAGACAGUCCUGUUUUAUAAUCAUGAACUUGAAGAAUUAGUGAUCCUUUGUAUUUCCUCCUUAAUAUAUUCGUCAGCUUUAGAAAAUAUUCAUCAAUUUUAAGUGCUUCAACCACUAAUACAGUUCUCUACACAAUCUUAUUUGUCAACCAAUUCAAAGUCAAUUUUAUAUUUUUACUGAUUAUACACCUCUCCAAACUUCCAUUAGUGUUUCUUAACCAUGGCAACUAACGCACAUUUCUUUAUUGGCUAGCUCCCAUGUUUACCUAUUUGAACAGUAUUGGAAUUGCAUUCUCAUUCACGAUAGUGUGGCCAACAUCUGUUGCUUCUUUACCUUAGAAUAAAAUUAUAAAAGAGUUACAGAAUUACAGUCUUUCCCAGGGUCUCUCAACUGAUUUCUAUCUUGUUCUCUUCAAAUCAGAGCAACAAACAAUAUCCUGUGUUUCUUAACAAAGAAGUCAGAUUUUCUUGAAUCCUAUUGAGCAUGCUGAAUCUUGGGUUGGUGCAAAUGGUUAAUACACUUGGCCACUAAUCAAAAAGUUGGAAGUUUGAAUCCACCCGGGGGCUCCUCAGAAGAAAGUCCUGGCAAUCUACUUCCAAAAAGUCAGCCAUUGAAAAGCUUAUGGAGCACAGUUCUAUUUUAACACAUGUGUGGCUGCCAUGAGUCAGAAGGGAUUGCACAACAGCUGCUUACUGAGUAUAUAUAUGUGUACACUCACAUAUUGGAGCCCUGCUGAUGCAAAAAUUAAGCACUCAGCUGCUAGCCAAAAGCUGACAAUUCUAACACACUGAGUGGCUUUGCAGGAGAAAGGCCUGGGAAUCAGAUCCUCUAAAGAUUACAGCCUCUUUGGAAGUUCUACUUUGUCACAUGGGGUUGUAUGAGCAGAAAAUUGACUCAGUACCUAAUAACGGCAUAGAUACAGAUAUAGACAUAGACAGAUAAAUAUAUAUAGAGAGAUAGAUACACACACAUAUACCCACACACCAUUUAAGAUAUGGUGUAUGGGUAUACAGCUGCUAACCAGAAGUCAUCAGUUUGAAUCCACCAGGCGCUCCUUGGAAACUCUACGGGACAGUUCUACUCUGUCCUAUAGGUCGAAAUUGACUCCACUGCAAUGGGCCUGGGUUUUUUGGGGGGUAUGUAUCAUUUCUUCUGGUAGGCAGAAUUCUAAGAUGACCCCCAAGAUUCUCUCCUGUAGCACACACUUUGUGUAACCACCUAACCUUGAAUAUAAGGUAGAACCUGUGUGUAUGACAGGCUAGUCACUCCUAUGAAUAAGUUAUUAAAUAAAUAAAUAAACCCAUUGCCUUUGAGUCAAAUUCGACUCAUAGCAACCCUAUUGGACAGAGUAGAACUGCCCUGCAGGGUUUUGAAGGAGUGGCUGGUGAUUUGGACUGUCGGCCUUUUGAUUAGCAGCCAAGCUCUUAACCACUGAACCAUAUGGCUAAUUGUGAUGGGAUAGUCACUCCAAUAAUUAUGUUGUGAUUACAUAAGUCUCAGUUUUAAUUGAGUGGGGAGGUAUUCUAAGUCACAGAAACUUACUCCUACUGGCUUGGAAGAAGACCAUGUUUGAACCACCUAAGGGGGCCAUGUGGCAAGGAAAUCUGGUGGUUCCUAGUAGUUAAGAGCAGUCCCUGGCCAACAGUUAAGAAAGCAGGACCUCAGUCAGACAGCCACAAGGAAAUGAAUUUUACCAGGACCUGGAGACUCAGGUGAAAAUUUCAGCCCAGGCCAACGUCUCGAUUUUAGACUGAUGAUACACUGAGCAGAGAACCCAGUAAAGCCCUACCCAGAACGCUGACCCACGGAAACUGUGAGAUAAUUAAUGAGAAUUUUGCUAAGCUGCUAAAUUUGUGGUAAUUCAUUAUAUAGCAAUAGAAAACCAAGAAAUUUCUAUAAGUUUCCAAACAUUUUAUGUGUACCUCUCUCAUGAUAUUUAUGUUAUUGCCAUGUGCUAUUAAUCUAUCUCUUGAACACUUAUUGAAAUACUAAUAUACAUUAUGCACAUAUAAUAAGUGCUGAGGAUACACUGAUGGGUAAAUUAGAUAUGAUUGACUGCUCCUUUUUAAAAUGUUGCACUCCAAAUUGAUCAAAUACAUCAAAUGGCUUCAGACCAGUGCAAAGUUCAGUGGGACCAUUGAUCUGAAUAUAAACUUUGAGGCAGACAAAAGUGGCAAUAGAUUUUUUGGCUAUUUAUUCAAUGUUAGGUCAUUUAUUCCCAUAGAGAAAAUUAUUUUUGCAAUGACAUUUUUAGAGAAGGAGAUUUGUUUCAUUUUUCACAGUGUUACUUCAAAGCAGCACAAAGAUAUAAAAAAAAGCACUUUAAGCCUUUUGAAGGAAGCACAUUUUCUAAAUACAAAGGAGAGUUGCUAUUAACAAAAGGGAUUUUAAUGACCUUAUUCACGGAA